AUGUCUACAACCGGCAACAAUUCCCUUGGGGACACAGUAUCUAAAGUCAAAGGAUCAUUAGAUGGUGAAUCUAUAGACAAUAAUUCCCUUAAAGACACAGUAUCUAAAGUCAGAGGGUCAUUAGAUGAUAAAUCUGCUGAAACUCAAGAAUCAAACCUUAGGUAUGCAGCUUAUGCCAAUAGAUUUAGAACUAUUUUAUUAGCUUCACAUCGUUAUGUUGCAUAUACUUCAGAUAUUGGGGAAUCUUUUAGACCAGUUGCUCAUCCAUGGUUAGUUAAAGCUGGGUAUACAAUAUCUUGGCUUUAUUUGAUAGGUGAUGUUUCAUACGUGCUGUGGCAAACUAAAAUGAAAUCCGAGGGUAGAUGGCCUUCACACGGAGGAUUAAUGCCAUGGAACAAAGCACCAGCACCUAAUCCAAUUGCUGCUGAAGCCUUUAAAGAAACUAGACCAGCAAUUGAUUCAGACUGGAAAAUUGUAGCUGUAAAAAGAGCAGUUUUCCAAAGUAUUGCAUCAAUGGGAUUACCAGCAUUUACUAUACAUUCAGCAGUUAGAUAUUCUUCAAUCUUAUUUAAAAAUUCACCAAAGGCUUUGAAAACUUAUGGUCCUGUUGGUGUGGGAUUAGCAAUUGUACCUGUAUUACCUUACUUGUUUGAUAAACCAUGUGAAAUUGCUGUAGAUUAUGUAUUUGAAAAAGGUGAAGAAUUAUACACGAAAGGUAAAUUAGAUUGA